UUUUACUGAAACUGAGUUCUGAUAUGGACAAGCAGGAGGAUCAGUUUUAGAGAAGAAAAAGAAGUUGGAGUGUUGUUACCUGGAAUUUUCUUGAGCAGCAGUUUUUUUUUGUUUGUGCCUUAAACAACAUUGAUGGCUUUUGGCAAAGGAGAGAUCAUUAAAUCCCCUGAAGACAAGGCUCAAUAUAAAAUUGUUCAUCUACCUAAUGGUUUAACAGCAGUUUUGGUCCAUGACCCACAAGUCUUAUCAGAAAAAGAAGAGAAAUCUGAUCCAUCUUCAUGGUUAGGCACCUCCCCCAUUAGGAAUGCAGCAGCAGCUAUGUGUGUGGGAGUGGGGUCCUUCUCUGAUCCAGUGGAUGCCCAGGGUCUUGCUCAUUUUCUAGAGCAUAUGUUGUACAUGGGAAGCUCUGGAUUUCCAGGGGAAAAUGAGUUUGAUACAUAUGUAGCAAUGCAUGGAGGCAGUUCAAAUGCUUAUACAGCUAAUGACUGUACAUUUCAUUAUUUUGAGGUGAAUGGCAAAUUCUUAAAGCCAUCUUUGAAGAGAUUUUCCCAAUUACUGACCUCACCAUUGGUGAAAGCUGAAGCUGUCCAAAGAGAGAUUGAAGCAUUAGAUUCAGAGUUUGCUCAGGCCUUGAAAUGUGAUAAUGAUCGUCUUGUGCAAGUGCAAUGUCACACUGCUGCAGCAGGACAUCCUUUAAACAGGUUUAUAUGGGGCAAUAAAGAGACUUUGAUGGCAAAAGGUGUUGAUAAUAUAAGAAGAGAACUUCUUGAUUUCUUCAAUGAAUAUUACGUUGCUGGGCAUAUGAAACUUGCUGUAAUUGGUGGAGAAUCACUAGAUAUGUUAGAAGAAUGGGUUAUGCAGUUGUUUGGGAAUGUGAGAAAAGAUGUUUCUCAGAAGCUCACUUUUCACAAUUCAGAAGCACUAUCAAUUUGGAAGCCAGGAAAAAUGUAUUGGAUUGCUGCUAUGAAAGACGUUCAUGAUCUCAUACUAACAUGGCCUCUUCCUUUUCUAUGCACAGAAUACUUAAAGAAGCCAAUGGAAUAUAUAUCUCAUCUCAUUUGCCAACAGGGUAGUGGUAGUUGCUUGUCUCUUCUUCAAAGUAAAGGUUGGGCAACAUCUAUAGCCAUGUCAACCUCAUUGCAGGAUGAGAUAGGUGAUGGUAGAGGUUUUGUGGGCUACAUGUUUCAGAUAAAAAUAGAGCUCACCAUUUCAGGAUUACAAAAGGUUUUGGAGGUUAUAAGGAUUUUGUAUCAAUAUAUCAAGUUUCUAGUUCAUGUAGGUCCACAAGAAUGGAUAUUUAAGGAGCUUGAAGACAUUGGAGAUCUAUGUUUUACCUUUGCAGAAAAGCAAUCACAACAUGAAUAUGCAAGCCACCUUGCAAAGAAUUUGUUGAAGUAUCCAGAAGAGCACAUCCUCUAUGGAGAACAUGCAUUCAAAAUAUGGGACCCAAAAUUGAUAUCACAUGUCUUGAGCUUCUUGAACCCAAACAACAUGAGAGUUGAUAUAGUGACAAAAUCAUUGAACUUGGGAUCUCCAGCUAUCCGGUAUGAGCCAUGGUUUGGUGUGCCUUACUUUAUUCAGAGUAUUCCAUCGUCCAUUUUAAAGGGUUGGAAAUGCAGUCAUUUCAUAGAAGCUGGUUUGCAUUUGCCACAUAAAAACAAUUAUAUUCCAAGAAAUUUUUCCAUGAGAAGCAUGGAUGACUAUGGUACAGGCAACUUUGAGAUUCCAAUAUGUAUUAAUGAUGAUCAAUUGAUCAAAAUAUGGUAUAAGGAAGAUCAUCAUGUUCCUCAGGCAACUGCUUACUUUUGGAUAACAUUUCUAAAUAGACCUCACUAUUCAAAAAUAAAGGCCAUUGUAUUGACGGAGAUGUAUGUGUUGCUUCUUUUGGAUGCUCUCAGAGAAAUGUUGUAUCAGGCACGAGUUGCUAAGCUGAAUAUCAAGAUUUUCAAUGUAGGACAAUGCAGGUUUGAACUCAAAAUAUGGGGUUUUAGUGAAAAUCUACCAGUUCUAACUUCAAAUAUUUUGAGAUUUUUAAAAACAUUCAUACCAGCAGAGAAGCAGUUUAAGAUGAUUAAAGAGCAGAUGAAAAGGAAUUACAAGAAUAUGAAUAUGAAUCCAAUGACCCAUUGGGAAUAUCUGAUAUCUUCAGAGUUCGACAAAAAACUCUCCUGCCUCAAUUCAUUAUCUCUUUCAGAGAUAAAAAAACAUAUCUCAGCAUUGUUUGAAGAGGUUCAUAUUGAAGGACUUUGUCAUGGUAAACUAUCUAAGGCAGAUGUUACUAAUAUUGCAGAUAUAUUCAAAUUGACAUUUGCAUCAGCAAUACCUCUGCAGGCAGAGAUAUGUUGGACGAAAAAUAGCCUCCCACAUGGGGCAAGGCUAAUAAAGGACACAUAUAUUAAGAACAAGACAGAUAUAAACUCUUCUGUUGAGAUUUAUUUCCAGAUGGGUUCAGUUUCCAUGAGAACAAAGGCUAUGGCUGAUCUCUUUGAAUACAUUGUUUCUGAGCCAUUUUACAAUGAGCUCAGGACAGAUGAGCAGUUAGGGUAUUCUGUUGAUUGUGGCACUAAAGUGUCACGAGAUGUAGUGGGCUUUUCCUUCACUGUUAAAUCUUCCAAGCAUAAUCCACCUUAUUUGCAGGACAGAAUAGAUGCAUUUAUUGCCAGAUGGAUCCAAACUCUUGAACAUAUGAGUGAGAAGGAAUUCCAAUACUACAAAAGCACAUUGCUAGCAAAUAAGUUAGAGAAACGUUCUCUUGAGCAAGAAACUUAUUGGUAUUGGAAUGAAAUUUUAAAAGGAACAUAUCUAUUUGAAGGAUAUAAGCUUGAAGUAGAUGAGCUGAGAAAAUUAGCAAAGCUAGAUAUUGUUGGUUGGUGUACUUCUCACUUAAACCCUAAGUCUGCAGACUGCACAAGGGUUAGCAUUCGUGCAUGGGGUUGCAAUUCUAGACAGAAGCAGAACACAAUAUCAACUUUAUAGACAGUAUUAAAUGAUGUAUCAAAGGAUUUCACCACAUAACAGUAGUGUAGUGUUUUCUUUUCA